AUGGGUCAUUACGCCACUGCUCUUUCUCUGAUUCAUAACAAGUUGCAACAGCUCCAAGGCAUUCAGGUCAAUUUCUACACCUUCAACAUUGCUAUUAACUGUUACUGCCACCUUAAUCGAGUCGAUUUUGGGUUGUCUCUUUUGGGUACCCUCUUCAAACGCGGUUAUACACCUGAUGUAACUACCAUCAACGCUCUAAUUAAUGGACUUAUUUUGCAAGAUAAAACUCCUCAAGCUGUGGAGUUAUUUAAGAAAUUAAUGAGAACUAGAGAAAUUGAACCCAAUGUGGUUAUGUAUGGAACCAUUGUUAAUGGGCUUUGCAGAACGGGGAACACUAUCAGGGCUGUUAGUUUGCUUAGGAUAAUGGAAAAGGGAAGUUGUAAACCUAACACCAUAGUGUAUAGCAUGAUCAUUGACGGUCUUUGCAAGGAUAGAAUGGCGGAUGAUGCACUCAAACUCUUUUUUAAAAUGAAAGAAGAAGGCAUUCGUCCAGAUGUUGUCACUUAUACUUCUUUGAUUGAUGGCCUGUGUAGUUUUGGUCGGUGGACAGAGGCUUUCGGAAUGUUAAGAGAAAUGCUUGGUAGCGGUAUUUCUCCAAAUAUUUGUACAUUUAAUGUGUUGGUGGAUGCACAUACUAAGGAGGGGAUGGCGAAAGAGGCAGAGGAGGUACUUGAAGUCAUGAUACAAAGAGGUGUGGAUCCUAAUGUAGUCACAUACAAUACUCUAAUGGAUGGAUACUGUUUGCAAGGUCGGAUGGACGAAGCAAUUAGAGUGUUCAAUACCAUGGUGGAUAGGGGCCUUCACCCCAAUGUUUUUAGCUAUAACAUUCUAAUCAAUGGAUAUUGCAAGAAAAUGAAAAUAGAUGAGGCCAAGCAUCUCUUUCGAGAAUUGCCUCAAAGGGGUUUGAAACCCGACAAUGCAACUUUUAGUGCUAUGUUACGGGGUUUGUUUCAAAUAGGUAGAUGUGGAGUUGCUCAAAAACUUUUUAAUGAUAUGCAAGCUGCAGGCAUAAUUCCAGAUUCUCAAACUUAUGGUAUCUUAUUGGAUGGGUUGUGCAAAAAUGGGCACAUUUCUGAAGCAUUGUCAAUAUUCUUAUUGAUGCAUUCUGCAAGGAUAAAUAGCUUGAUACUGCAAGGGCCCUUUUCAGUAACCUUUCUUCCAAGGGUUUAUAACCUGAUGCUAAGACAUACACUACAAUGA